GAUAUUGGACAUGGGUUUUGUUUGCUUUUGCUUAACCUUCCCCACUACAUGAUGAGAUAAUCAUGCGGCUAACCUCAAUAUCAAGCGCUGGAGACCAAACUGAACAGUAACAGAGGGGAGAGAGAGAGAGAGACAGAGAGAGCGAGUGUGUGUGUGUGUGUUGGGUUAAAGAUGGAAAAGAAAUGGGUUCACUUUUUAUCCCCGCCUGAUCAUUGAUUCCACUUAGCUUGGGUUUAAUCCAAAUUCUCUUGAUGAUGGGUCUGCUUUGAAAAUGUUUCACUCUUGAUGCUUCUUUUAGGCUAUACGGUGCUGUGGGAGGCAGAAAAACCAGUUAUAGAAAGAGGCCAAGUUUUUUCUUAUCUCACUGAUGAUUCCUCACAGAUCUGUCAAAAUGACAACUGGAUUUGGUUCAACUUGUUUGCUUGCCAUGAUUAUUACUGCUUGGUGUCUUUCAAAAGAUGGGUGUGGUUUCGAACGGCUUUAAUGCUUCACUGAUUGUAGAGAAAAAAACUUGGUACUAGAUAAUUGACACCGGGAAGUGGAAGACAUAUGUAAAGAGGUUGGAUCACUUUUUUUUCAAAACAUGUGGAUAGUUGGAGCUGCUUUGUUAAUAUAGGAAUUGGGUUUCCAGCAAUUUCACCUUUUUCUCGAGCUUAUUCGAGUGGGCUUGGUGAAGAAUCUGGUCGAUUUUCAGCAAUUUCACCUUCUUGUGGAAUUGUCACUGUUUUCUUGAAGAGGUCUGAUUUUGAUGACUUGUCCUGCCGGAGCUGGGGGCUUUCUCAAGCUUUCAAGGCUCUUUGUGAAGGUACAUAGGUGGGCUUUGGCAAGGAUGUCUCUGAAUUGCAAGCUCGCUGGCUUGAAUGGAAGAUUGUCAGCCUGCUCCAAGUUGAGGAAGGCAAAGGAGCCGUUGCAGGGGCCAAAUUCUGUCAGAAAAUGGAGAAGAAAGCUUCUGUUUCUCUUGCUUAUUCUUGUUUCUUUAGGAAGCAUAUGGCUUUUCUCAAGUUUAAAUGGUGGGACUUUGAGGGAGAAGAAUAAUCCAGAUUCCUGUGAAGAAAAAGCUCAAAUCUUCCUACAGGAAUUGAAUGUCAGCAGGAACCAGCUUCACGCUUUGGCGUCCUUAUUCCCUAAAUCAGAUCGGAUAACGUCCCUACGGUGUACUAAAGAGUUAGGGCCCAAAAUGCUCUUAAGUGAUGGUGUUACUUGUGCUCUGAGUUUACCAUGUUCAGAGGUGCAGGAGUUUGACAAGCAGCAUAUAUGGGUUGCAGAAAAUGAUGAACAUAGAGACCAAUGCCCUGCUAGAGAUGAGUUCAUCUCCAGGAAGCUUGGAAUGUCUAUAAUAGACGAUCGACAUGUACCAUUUAUUUCGCCAUCUAAAGUUUCACCAAUUUCUGCCAAUCAUCAGAUUUGUGGAAAGAAUGUAUUGCUAUUGGUGGCACUGGCCGGCUGUGAGAAAGAGCAUUGUGAAAGUUUCUGUACGUUUGUUAAAGUGAGUUGGUUACUCCUCAUAGUUGUAGUGAGCUGCACGAUGUUUGGCUUGCACUUAAAAUUGUCGGGGAACCAAAGGGAGAAGGUUGUUCAUCAGCCUACAGUGGCCCAGCAGCAGAAGCAGCAACAGCAAGUGCACAGUCCUCCUAAAGGUGCUGGGAAGUGGAGGAAGAAGCUCCUGCUUGUAUUUGUGUUGCUUGGAAUUACUAUGUCAAUUUGGUUAUUUUGGUACUUAAAUGAAGGAAUCGCUUUGAGGAGGGAGGAAACACUAGCCAACAUGUGUGAUGAGCGAGCCCGGAUGUUGCAGGAUCAAUUCAAUGUGAGCAUGAACCAUGUUCACGCCUUGGCUAUUCUAGUCUCUACCUUUCACCAUGGAAAACAUCCUUCUGCAAUUGAUCAGAAAACAUUUGGUGAAUAUACCGAGAGAACAGCUUUUGAGAGACCACUUACUAGUGGUGUUGCUUAUGCUUUGAAAGUUCCUCACUCAGACAGGGGGCAAUUUGAGAAGCAGCACGGAUGGACGAUCAAGAAAAUGGAAACAGAGGACCAGACUUUAGUCCAAGAUUGUAUUCCAGAAAAUUUGGAUCCUUCACCUGUUCAAGAUGAAUAUGCACCUGUAAUAUUUUCUCAAGAAACGGUCUCCCAUAUUGUCUCUAUUGACAUGAUGUCUGGAAAGGAAGAUCGUGAGAACAUCUUGCGUGCAAGGGCAACUGGAAAGGGAGUGCUUACAUCUCCUUUCAAGCUAUUGAAAUCCAAUCACCUUGGCGUUGUUCUCACAUUUGCUGUAUACAACACUGACCUCCCUUCAGAUGCUACAUCGGAGCAACAUAUUGAAGCUACUGUGGGGUAUCUGGGUGCUUCAUAUGAUGUCCCAUCACUGGUGGAGAAGCUUCUGCACCAACUUGCCAGCAAGCAAAUGAUCGUUGUGAAUGUUUAUGAUACAACCAAUAAAUCUUCUCCCAUCAACAUGUAUGGUCCUGACAUCACUGAUACUGGCCUAUUGCACAUUAGUAACCUUGAUUUUGGGGAUCCACUCCGGAAGCAUGAGAUGCAUUGCAGGUUCAAACAGAAACCUCCGUUACCGUGGACGGCAAUAAAUGCAUCAUUGGGACUCCUAGUUAUCACUUUGCUUGUCGGACAUAUCUUUUAUGCUGCCAUAAGUCGAAUUGCGAAAGUGGAGGAUGACUAUCGCAAGAUGGAGGAACUCAAAGUUCGUGCUGAAGCUGCAGAUGUGGCAAAAUCUCAGUUUCUUGCGACUGUUUCCCAUGAGAUCAGGACUCCAAUGAAUGGUGUUUUAGGUAUGCUGCAGAUGCUGAUGGACACUGAACUUAAUGCAACUCAACUGGAUUAUGCACAGACUGCUCAUAAUAGUGGGAAAGAUCUAAUAUCACUGAUAAAUGAGGUUCUUGAUCGCGCUAAGAUAGAAUCAGGCAGGCUUGAGCUUGAAGCUGUACCUUUUGAUCUGCGUUCUGUUCUUGACAAUGUUUUGUCACUUUUCUCCGGAAAAUCUAAUGAAAAAGGGAUCGAGUUGGCGGUUUAUGUCUCGAAUCAAGUACCUGAAGUCAUCAUUGGUGAUCCUGGACGAUUCAGGCAGAUUAUCACAAAUCUUGUAGGAAACUCAAUUAAGUUCACUCGUGACCAAGGACAUAUAUUUGUUUCGGUGCAUCUGGAAGAUGAAGUGAGGGGCACCCCAGAUAGCAUGGAUGAAGUCCUGAGACAAGGCUUAUGUUCUGUUCAAGACAACUCUGACAAAACUUAUAAUUCAUUGAGUGGGUAUCGUGUGGUUGAUAGACAGAAAAGCUGGGAUCAUUUUAAAAAGCUAAGCAGUAGAAAUCCAAUGGAGGAACCCGAAGUGAUCAGAUUACUAGUAACCGUUGAGGAUACAGGUGUAGGAAUUCCUCUUGAUGCGCAAAGCCGCAUCUUCACACCUUUCAUGCAGGCAGACAGUUCCACUUCACGAACACAUGGUGGGACUGGAAUAGGAUUGAGUAUAUGCAAAUGUUUGGUGGAUCUCAUGGGCGGUGAGAUAGGGUUUGUGAGUGAACCUGGCAUUGGCAGUACUUUUUCAUUUGCCGGACCUUUCAGAAGAGGAGAAACAAGUUCUCUGGAUACAAAGUGGCAACAAUAUGACACAGCUGUUUCAGAGUUCCAAGGAUUUAGAGCAUUGGUAAUUGAUAAAAGAACCAUCCGAGCCGAGGUCACUAGAUAUCAUCUGCAGAGGUUAGGGAUAUCCACGGAUAUAGCUUUCAGUCUGAAAUCAGCAUGUUCUUAUCUAUCAAAUGCUUGUGACACAAGUGUGUCAACAAAUUUGGCCAUGGUCCUUAUUGAUAAAGAUGUUUGGGAUGAAAAAAAUGCUCUCUUUUUCCAUCAUUCACUCAAAGAUCAUGGGCAAAACAGCAGGACAGAGAUCCCCCUAAAUCUUCCUAAGAUUUUUCUUGUGGCUACCUCCAUUUGCCCCAAUAGACGCAGUGAGCUCAAAUCUGCUGGGCUCGUAGAUGAUGUACUGAGUAAGCCUCUUCGGUUAAGUGUCUUAGUUGCCUGCUUCCAAGACGUAUUUGGAAGUGGUAUGAAGAGGCAAAUACACAGAAAAAAAGCAUCUUCUCUUGGGAAUUUACUAAGAGAAAAGCACAUUUUGGUGGUGGAUGACAAUGUAGUUAAUAGAAGAGUGGCAGAAGGUGCUCUAGUGAAGUAUGGAGCAAUUGUGACCUGUGUGGAGAGCGGCAAGGCUGCUUUAGCAAUGCUUAAGCCACCACAUAACUUUGAUGCUUGCUUUAUGGAUCUCCAGAUGCCAGAAAUGGAUGGGUUUGAAGCGACACGACAAAUCCGCUUUGUAGAGAGUGAAGUUAAUGAGAAAAUUACAUUAGGGGAAGUAUCGAUAGAAAUGUUUGGGAAUGUAGCUCAUUGGCACACACCAAUAUUGGCUAUGACGGCUGAUGUGAUUCAGGCUUCAAAUGAAGAGUGCAUGAAGUGCGGGAUGGAUGAUUAUGUGUCAAAACCAUUUGAAGAGGGGCAGCUUUAUUCAGCAGUGGCACGUUUCUUUGAGACUGGUUGACGAGCUGGACGAACAUAUGACUGAGGUUGUUCAUCAGUGGUUCGGCCAAGCAGUUCAUCUGUUUUCCGGAUUGACCGUCAUAUCGUUAGAGUUCUCCAGCUAACGACAAGCUUCACAGCAAUGAGCUUGUGGUCAGGCUAAUCCUAACUGCAUUUUCCUAUCUUCACAGAUAUGGAAUCUGGGCGGCUGACGGAGGUAACAUGUUCAACUAUGUGUGAAUUCUGGAGGAGAGCGAUCAAGUACCUACCAGUAUAUCAUCAUCCAUUCAUCACCCUCCAAGGAACAUAUGGCCUACUGGAAUGUAUUAUCCCACUAUUUGUUUGUAUAUGAGUGCCCCCAUUUAUUUAUUUUAUUUUAUUUUGUAUGCAUUAUCCAAUGAAGUAGGUUAAAGAUAAAAUGUAAUGAAGAAUCAUCCAUUUUUGAAACACUUGUGAGAUAAUAUAUAUUUCAUCUUCGCAGGAAUUGUAUUAGACUGUGUUACUGACUUGUAACAUAUAGUUUGGUAUAUGAAAUAACAACUAGUAGCUUAACAGGUAA